AUGGAGCCCAUUAAAAAAUCUGUUGCGGACCUAACUGAGCACUUCAACUUGCGGAUGGUUGAGUUCCAAAAGGACCUUAAGAGCGCAAUUCCAGCUACGAGCCCUAAUUCAAAUAUCAAUCAUCAGUUCAACACAUUUCGUUCCUUUGUUUUAACUGCGCCUGAGAAUUUUCAACUACAAGUAGAACUAUUGUCCCGUCAGAAAGAUAAUAUGGAAAUGAGGCAUCGGAAAAAAAUUCUGCUGGUGCAUGGUGUGAAAGAAAACAAGAAGGAGAACACUUCUGCCUGUGCUGUGAAGGUAUUGUCCGACUACUUAAAAAUCCCUGGUAUUCUAUCAGAGUCCAUUAGCCGGUCUCACCGUCUGGCUCAAGCUGGCACUGAUAGGCCCCUGCUAUCCUUGUGA